AUGGGCCGCCGCCGCCUGCCGGUCUGGCUGUGCGCCGUCGCGGCGCUGCUCUCUGGGGCGCAGGCCAAGGGCACCCCGCUCCUCUCGCGGCCCGCGCCGCCCGGUGUGUCCCGCUACAACCUCUACACGACGGGAUGGCACCCGCGACUGCGUCCGGGGCCGCACAAGGCCCUCUGCGCCUACGUGGUGCACAGGAAUGUGACCUGUGUCCUCCAGGAGGGAGCAGAGAGCUACAUAAAGGCUGAGUACCGGCAGUGUGGAUGGGGGCCCAAGUGCCCCGGGACAGUCACGUACCGCACGGUGCUCAGACCCAAAUACAAAGUCGGCUACAAGACUGUGACGGAGCUCUCCUGGCGUUGCUGUCCCGGGCUCACUGGACAAGGCUGCCCUGAGCACCUCACGGACCCUCGGGCCACCCCGCCCCAUUCAGAGCCUGAGUCCCAGAUUCCCUCUGGGCAGCUGGGACCGGGCCCCAGGCCCCCUCCUUCUAGCAGAGCGGCGCCCAGCCCCUACGGAAGGAAAGGCCCAGGGCUGUUUGGUGAGCGGCUGGAACGCCUGGAGGGUGAUGUCCGGCGCCUGGCACAAGCAUAUGGUACUCUCAGCGGCCUGCUGACCAGCCAUGAGGACCCCAGCAGGAUUACUGGUGGCCCCAGAGCUCCUGCUGCCCCAGUGGGCUUUGAGGUCAUCCCCGAGGGGUUUGUGAACCCUGAAGACAGAGCUGGAAGGCCGCUUACACCUCCCCUGGACGAGAUCUUGAGCAAGGUGACAGAGGUGAGCAACACGCUCCAGAGCAAGGUGCAGCUGCUGCACGAGGUGCACGGGCUGGCCCUCGGCCACGAGGCCCACCUGCAGCAGCUGCGGGACGCACCCCCAUCUCCACUUACCUCCCUGGCCCUGUUGGAUGAGUAUGUGGACCGACGGCUGCACCGACUCUGGGGGAGCCUGCUGGAUGGCUUCGAGCAGAAGCUGCAAGGUGUCCAGAGCACAUGUGACCUGCAGGUGCAGGAGGUUCGGCAGCAGUGUGAGGAGGGCCAGGCGGCCAGCCGAAGGCUGCACCAGAGCCUGGAUGGCCGGGAGCUGGCCCUGCGCCGGGAGCUCUCACAGCUGGGUACCCGGCUGCAAGGCCUAAGUGUGGCUGGCGCUGGGAGCUGCUGCAGCCAGCUGGCCCUGGUCAGUGCCCGCAUGGACAGCCUCGAGAGGAACCUGCAGGUAGUCACUGAGGCCCAAAGGGGCCACGGCCCCACCUCCAGGGAUGAGCUCACGCGGCUGUCUGCGGCCAUGCUUGACGGGGGUGUUGAUGGACUUCUUGAGGGCCUGGAGACCCUCAAUGGGACGGAGAGUGGCAUGAGGGGCUGCUGUCUGGGGAUGAAGGACGGGGGAUGGGGUGUGGGCGGCUUCAGGACCGUGCUGGAAGAGCGUGUGCAGAGCCUAGAGGAGCGCCUGGUGGCACUGGCUGGGGAGCUAAGCCAUGACAGCACUCCACCAGGGAGGUCGGCGUGGCCCCUGGUGCAGACAGAGCUGGCCGUGCUGGAGCAACGGCUGGUUUCGCUAGAGACCUCGUGCACCCCCAGCACCACCUCAGCCAUCCUGGACAACCUCAUGGCAGAGGUGAAGGCCUGGCAGAGCCAGAUUGCGGUCCUUCUACGCCAGGUAGCCAGCCACACGGCCCUGCUCCAGCAGCUCAAUGGCACCGUGGCCGAGGUCCAGGGACAGCUGGCAGGAGUGACAGGCAGCUCCCUCCAGGGCGAGAUCACCCUGCUCAAGGUCAAUCUGAACUCUGUGAGCAAGUCGCUCACAGGCCUCAGUGACUCCGUCAGCCGGUACUCUGAUGCCUUCUUGGCCGCCAACACCUCCCUGGAUGAGCGGGAGCGCAAGGUGGAGGCCGAGGUCCACGCCAUCCAGGAGCAGGUCAGCAGCCAAGGCUCGCGGCUUCGGGCUGGCCACAGGCAGGUCCUGAGCCUGCGGGGGGAGCUGGAGCAACUCAAGGCCGGUGUGGCCGGUGUGGCCGGCGGGCUGAGCCGCUGCCAGGACACAGCCCAGGAACUCCAGCACGCAAUGGGCCACUUCGACCAGAGGGUAGCACAAGUGGAGGGUGCGUGUGGGAAGCUGGGCCUGAUGGCUGCAGACCUGGACAGCUUGCCCACCGAGUCGCUCAGGUCCAGGGAGGGUCUAUGGGACCAUGUGGACCAGCUGAAUCGCACGCUGGCCCAGCACGCACAGGACAUCGCCCGCCUCCGGGACGAUCUGUUGGACUGCCGGGCCCAGCUGGCCGAGCAGGCGCGGCCAGGGCAGGCUGACUAGGCGGGCCAGACAGGACCCAACCCCAGAUCCCAUCAACCCUGGGAACAUCAACCCAGAGCUCAGACCAUGCCUCCCAGCCACCCCUGGCCAUUGCAGAUGCCAGAGGCCACUGAAGGAACAGUCUUGGUCCAGCUCCAAGAGUGUCCCAGGCACCAGCUCACCCACGCUCAGGGCUGCACCAACUGGACGACUCAGGAUAGCAGUCAAGGGAAGCACGUGGUGCCUGAAGGCCAGGGUGGACCUAAGAGACCUCACAAUCCCGUCUGCAAACGCUCUUCUGCGGACACAUAAGUUGGCCUCUGUGCAAAGACCUGCAGCGCCAUUCUCUCAGACAGUGGCCUGUCCACAGCUGGGGCCCCAGCCCAUGGAGGCUUCUGGUUCCUCUGUCCCCUCAGUGUUCCUCCCCAGGGUUCUGGGCUCAGUUUCUGCAGGAAGGUGACGCCCACUGGCACUGCCCUCACACCUAGCAGCUUCACGGGUGCUGCUUCUGAACCAAGGACCAGAGGUUCCCACCACCCCCAGGUCCUUCAGGGUGAACAGAAACACGAAGACUCAGCCAGAGUUCUCUUUAUUCCUUUUGAUUCUCCCCAAGGUGAGGGCUUAGGCAGCUGUAGAUUCUUGAGGAAGCUUGGGUCCAGGCGAUCUGUUUGGAGAUACCACUCCAAUUUAUCCUUUUUCUUCCCCAAAGAUAUUUUCAGGGCACUCUGGUUCGCACACAGUUCUCUCCUUUCCAUGUGGGGGCGGGGGCGGUUCUUCCCCCCCCAGGUUAGGGCCUCUCUCCAGAGAGCAGCCCUUCUUGUACGUCAUGGCCUGAAUGAGGUCAGACCCUGGGCAAGAGGCCACAGCUGGAGGGAGAGGGCUCCAGGCCUAGUUUCCAAUAUCCCUGUAAACCCAACCCCGCCUGGAUGUUCCGUUCACAAAGUCCUGAGAAAGUCAGAUAUGAAUGACACCACCAAGGGACAACCUGAAAACACAAGUGUUCAGCCCGCACAGUUCCAAGACCCUGAGGCCUGCCUGCUGAGUCUCCAGGCCUCAGUUUCCCCACAGCAG